AGAAAAGCAAUCAUCACAAAAAAUUCUAGUACGUGUCCCUAUAAAAACAAUAGCCUAGGUAUUCUGGUUGGAAUCACAGAAACAGGUGUCGCCUACUCAAAGUGUCUGAAACCUUAGUCAUCACAAUCAGAACUAGAAACCACAGAUCAAAUCUAAACCACCUUAUUUUCCUCAACUGUGGAGGGAAAGAUCAAACAUGGUUUCUUCAAAGGGUGGUGGUGAAUUGACGAAGAAGGUGUUGGGUUUGGGUUACUGGGUGCAAGGUUUAAGGUGCUUCCCGUGGCUUGCAGUGAGUUUUUUUCUGAAGGAUGGUCUCAAUGUGGAUCCUUCUACUCUUCAGCUUCUUCAGAAUUCUGCUAAUCUUCCUAUGGUUGGCAAGCCUCUUUAUGGUCUUGUUUCUGAUUCUGUUUACAUCUCUGGUCAGCAUCGAGUUCCCUACAUCGCCAUUGGAGCUUUCUUGCAGGCACUGUCAUGGCUAGCCGUAGCAAUCUCUCCAUCAAACAUAUCUAUUUUCACUAUCUCCAUAUACCUCCUCCUUAGUAAUCUUGGUGCUUCAAUAGGUGAGGUUGCAAAUGACGCCAUUGUUGCAGAAAUGGGUAAACAGCCUCCUUCCUCAAGCAAGAACUCUCAAUCGUCAUCCUCAGGCAACCUCCAAUCAUUUGUUUGGAUAGCGUCUUCUUUAGGAGGAGUCCUUGGAAACCUUCUCGGCGGAAUUUUUAUUGGACGGUUCUCCCCGCAGACCAUGUUUUUGUUUUACGGCCUUCUCCUUUCUCUCCAAUUUUUCAUAACCAUUUUAGUUCGUGAGAGCUCUCUUGGGCUCCCAAAGAGUCCAUCUGUUGGGAUAAGGAAACAGCUUUCAGAGCUAUCGGCUGCUCUAAGAAAACCUGAAAUUGCUUAUUCGAUAUCAUGGUUUGCAGCUUCUUAUGCCAUUAUUCCUGCACUUACAGGCACCAUGUUCUUUUACCAGACACAGUAUUUGAAAAUUGGCUCAUCUGUAUUGGGCAUCUCCAAGGUAUUUGGCCAGGCAACAAUGCUUCUAUGGGGCAUCGUUUACAAUCAAUACCUGAAAUCUGUCCCGCCAAGGAAACUGAUAUCAACCAUUCAAGCUAUGAUGGCUGUCUUAAUGGUUUCAGAUUUCUUGUUUGUGCGAGGCUUUUACCGACAAAUGGGCGUGCCAGACUCGCUCUAUGUUGUGAUUUUCUCCGGAUUCUUGGAGGUUCUGUUUUUCUUCAAGAUUCUGCCAUUCAGUGUCUUGAUUGCGCAGCUGUGUCCACCAGGAUGUGAAGGGUCUAUUAUGGCAUUUCUGAUGUCUGCGGUAGCCUUGGCCUUCAUUGUGAGUGGAUACCUUGGUGUUGCCCUUGCAUCAUACAUCAAGGUAACAGGAAGUGACUUUUCAGGACUUCCACUUGGGCUUUUGAUACAAGCUGCAUGUACUUUAUUGCCAAUUUUCUGGUCAUCGUGCAUACCUGAGUAUGUAAAAACAAAAUCCAAGCGAAAAGACUAGAAUAUUAGCUUUUAGAAGCAUAUAGUAGUGAUUCAAGGAGAUAGUGAUGUGAUGCUGAAAAGAUUGAUUCUGGUUUAUUUCAUUGCAUUCAUGCAUCAGCUGGGAAAAGUAAGAUGUAUCAGUUGGCUAAAUUUUUUUAUUCUAAAGUGAUAGGUGUAAAGGUAUACAUCAAGUGAAUAUGCUUAUCCUUUUCCAUAUAUUAUAUCUUGGGUGGCUUUUGUUUUUUUGAA